GGCAGCGGCGGCACCCAGCCGUCGCACUCCCGGGGCUCCGCGGGCGCGCGCCUGGGCGCUCCUGCCUCCUCCCCUUGCUCCUCCUCGGCUCGCGGUCCUCCUCCGACCCCUCCUUCCACCCACCCAAGAGGAUGCGCUCCCCCGCGCCCAGCAGCAGAGGCCACCUCUCCCAGAAAUGCGUGCGUCCGACCCCCUCCUCCCGGGCACGAAGAGCCGGCGCCCCCGCCCUGUAGCUGGCCAGUACCCAGAGCCAAACCCUUGACCUUGGCAUUACAAGGCUGUGCUCUGACUAACUGAGCUAGCUAGCCAGUCCAAAAUAGGUUUUGAUUCAUUGAUUAAAACGAAGGACAUUUCCAAAUACUUUGCACUUUUGAUUGUGUAUUAUGGAUACCAAGGAAGAGAAGAAGGAACGGAAACAAAGUUAUUUUGCUCGAUUGAAAAAGAAAAAACAAGCCAAACAACAUGCAGAGACAGCCUCAGCUACAGCUGCGAGGACUCACACUGGGAAAGAAGAUGCUAGUAUGGUCAUUUUAGAACAAGACAAGUGCACCAUUGCUGUGGAAGAGGAAUAUGUUACUGAUGAGAAAAAAAAGAGAAAAAAUAAUCAGUUAAAGGAGAUCAGGCGUACAGAACUAAAGAGAUAUUAUAGUACUGAUGACAAUCAAAACAAAACACAUGAUAAAAAGGAGAAGAAGAUGGUGGUUCAGAAGCCCCUUGGUACUGUGGAAUACACUGCUGGAAGCCAGGACACCUUGAACUCCAUAGCACUGAAGUUUAACAUCACUCCCAAUAAAUUAGUGGAACUGAAUAAACUUUUCACACAUACUAUUGUUCCAGGCCAGGUCCUUUUUGUGCCAGAUGCCAACUUUCCGUCCAGUACUUUAAGGCUUUCAUCAUCCAGUCCUGGUGCUACUGUCUCUCCUUCAUCAUCAGAUGCAGAAUAUGAUAAACUGCCUGAUGCUGACUUGGCACGAAAGGCCUUAAAACCCAUUGAAAGAGUCUUAUCAUCUAAUUCUGAAGAAGAUGAGCCAGGCGUGGUGAAAUUUCUAAAAAUGAAUUGUCGAUACUUCACGGAUGGAAAGGGUGUGGUUGGAGGCGUCAUGAUUGUCACUCCUAACAACAUCAUGUUUGACCCUCAUAAGUCCGAUCCCCUGGUUAUUGAAAAUGGGUGUGAGGAGUAUGGCCUCAUCUGCCCCAUGGAAGAGGUUGUCUCCAUUGCACUCUACAAUGACAUUUCCCACAUGAAGAUCAAAGAUGCUUUGCCAUCUGACCUACCUCAGGAUCUUUGUCCUCUGUACAGGCCUGGAGAAUGGGAAGACCUGUCUUCAGAAAAGGAUAUCAACCCAUUCAGUAAAUUCAAAUCCAUCAACAAGGAAAAACGUCAGCAGAAUGGAGAGAAAACCGUUACUUCGGAUUCCAAAUCAACAGGACCUUUGGAGAAGUCAACAGAAUACACACGUACAAAGCCCUCAAGCAGCUCUGUGUUAGAAAAAUUAAAGAAACUGGAAUCCUCUAGGGAGACAACCCGUGGAUCUCCCACAGUGACUAAGCUCAGCAAGGAACCUUCUGACACUCAGUCUGCAUUUGAAUCUACAGCCAAAGAAAACUCCCUUUUAGGGGAAGAUGAUGACUUUGUUGACUUGGAAGAACUUUCUUCUCAAACUGAUAGUGGAAUGGACAAAAGAGACACCUCGAAGGAGUGCCUUUCUCUUGACCCAGAGGAGCAAAAGAAGGCUGAGUCACAAAAGGCCAGUUCUGCUGUAGAAAUGCAGGUACAGUCAGCCCUGAACUUUCCAGGAACAGAGAGUGAUGCUGAACUGAAUGGGGCCCUAGAUCUAGAAACUUGUGAGAAGCAAGAUAUUAUGCCAGAAGUGGACAAGCAGUCUGGUUCUCCAGAGAGCCAGGUGGAAAAUACAUUGAACAUACAUGAAGAUCUUGAUAAAGUUAAACUUAUUGAAUAUUACCUAAAUAAGAAUAAAGAAGGGUCACAGUUACCUGAAAAUUUGCAGAAGGCACAAUUAAGUGAUGGUAAAAAUAUUGAAUCAAUGGGAAUAGACAUCACCCUUAGUAGUUCUCUUCCCCAGGCAGGUAAUCCCCCAACUGAGGGCAAUAACAAGACAGAUAAAACCUGGGUGAAAGAAAGAGAGUCCCUUGCACUGAAACUAGACUCUUCUACAGAAGGAAAUAUGACUAAAGAGUCUCUAGACUCUUCUAUGGAAUCUACUGUGGACAACAGCUGUCAGGGUGCACAAAUGGAUAAUAAAUCUGAAAUUCAGUUAUGGCUAUUAAAGAGAAUUCAGGUACCCAUUGAAGAUAUACUUCCUUCAAAAGAAGAAAAAAGCAAGACCCCACCCAUGUUUCUGUGCAUCAAAGUGGGAAAACCAAUGAGGAAGUCCUUUGCCACUCACACUGCAGCCAUGGUCCAGCAGUACGGCAAACGAAGAAAGCAGCCCGAGUACUGGUUUGCUGUUCCUCGGGAGAGGGUGGAUCACUUGUACACAUUCUUUGUUCAGUGGUCUCCUGACGUCUAUGGGAAAGACGCCAAAGAGCAAGGCUUUGUGGUGGUGGAAAAGGAAGAACUGAAUAUGAUCGACAACUUCUUCAGCGAGCCAACAACCAAGAGCUGGGAGAUCAUCACCGUUGAGGAGGCGAAGCGCAGGAAGAGCACAUGCAGUUACUAUGAAGACGAGGACGAGGAGGUGCUGCCGGUCCUGAAGCCGCACAGCGCGCUCCUGGAGAACAUGCACAUAGAGCAGCUGGCCCGUCGCCUUCCAGCAAGGGUGCAAGGGUAUCCAUGGAGACUGGCCUAUAGCACAUUAGAGCACGGGACCAGCUUGAAAACUCUCUAUCGCAAAUCGGCAUCUCUAGACAGUCCUGUCCUAUUGGUCAUCAAAGAUAUGGAUAAUCAGAUUUUUGGAGCAUACGCAACUCAUCCUUUCAAGUUCAGUGACCACUAUUAUGGCACAGGCGAAACCUUUCUCUACACAUUUAGCCCUAAUUUCAAGGUCUUUAAGUGGAGUGGAGAAAACUCAUAUUUUAUCAAUGGAGACAUAAGUUCUUUAGAACUUGGUGGUGGAGGGGGACGAUUUGGUUUAUGGCUAGAUGCUGACUUAUACCACGGACGAAGCAACUCUUGCAGCACUUUCAAUAAUGAUAUUCUUUCCAAAAAGGAGGACUUCAUAGUUCAGGACCUAGAGGUAUGGACAUUUGAGUGAAAUUGAGACUGCCUUAAAACAUAACAUUAAAAGGACUGGUUCAACCAGCCCUCCCAAGACUGGCUGGAAGAUGAAGCACCAGCCCGGGCUGCCUCAUCCCACCAUAAUGCUUUCUUUCUGCCAUCAUCUCAGAGCAUGAUCACAUUGCAGAAAGAUUCUGAAAGGUACACGUGGAGAGCAGACACUGAAGAAAGAAAGUUGAAGUCCAGAUUGUUGAAAGACUUUGUACUUCCACUUCCUUCAAGUCCAUACAGUGAAGAAUCAGAGUGUUUAUAGAUGUAUAAGUUGAAUGCAAUUUUUAUUUUUGGUAACUGUGAAAAAAAGGAUACUGUGGAAUUAUAUACAUGUCUUGUGUAUUUAUCAGCAUAAUUUUCAUUACCAAAAUGUACAGCUAUUGUUUGCCAUGGAAAAGUUUAGUCUCAUUUAGAAAAAUUGAACGUGCACAGCACUU